AUGCAAAAAUUAACGACUGGUGCUUUAAUGCGUUUUGCCAAAAAUAAUGCUUGUGGUGAACAACCUAUUUUACAAGUGCUGAAUAUUAAAUUAAUGGAUUCAAAGCCAGUCAAUGAAUCUUCAAUGGUGACAUCUAGUCAAAAUAAGAAAAUUCAACGUUAUCGACUUAUUCUAUCCGAUGGCAAAUAUUUUUUACCUUCUUGUGUUUUAACUGUACAAUUGAAUGAAUUAGUACUAAAUGGUCAAUUACAAGAAUAUUCUAUUAUUCGACUUGAUCGUUAUUUACGUAGUGAUCUUAAAGGACAAACAGCAAAAAUGAUUCUACAAAUCCUUCAAUUAACAGUUUUGGAUAUUACUACACAUAAAAUUGGAAAUCCUGUUUCACUAUUAACAGCUGAUUUAAAUGAAAAUGAUAAUGGAACUGUAACAACUACUAAAGAUGUUUUACAACCAAAAGUUAUUGGUUCAGUUCUGAAACGUCCAAUAGUUGCAAUAACAAAUGAACAACCUUUACUUCCUCCUCUACAAUCUACAAUAACAAUAACAAAAAUGGAUAUUGAUUCUAUCAAAACUAAUCGUUUAUUUAAAAUUGAAACACUUAAUCCUUUUCAGAACAGAUGGACAAUUCAAGUUCGUGUUGCCUAUAAAAAACCAGUUCGUGCAUUUUCAAAUGGUGAAGGACGAUUAUUUAGUUGUGAUUUAAUUGAUGAAACAGGUGAAAUACGUGCAACUGGUUUUGGUGAUGAAUGUGAUAGAUUUGAACCAAUGCUUAUCGUUGGCAAUAUUUAUUACAUAACACAAGCACAAAUAAAAUAUGCUAAUAAACAAUUUAAUACACUUAAUAAUGAUUUUGAAAUGACAUUUAAUAAUGAAACAAUCAUCGAAACAUGUAUAGAUAAUAUUUCAAGUAUUCCAGUACAACAUUUACAUUUUAUUUCAAUUGAUCAAAUACAAAAUAUGGAAAAUAACUCAUUUAUUGAUGUUAUUGGUAUAGUAAUGAAUAUCAACGAUAUUGUUCAUGGUAAAAGUAAACAAAACAAAGAUUAUACAAAACGUGAUAUUCUUAUCCUUGAUCAAACUGGUCAAAUUAUAGUUACACUAUGGUAUCAAAUGGCUGAAAAUUUUCCAAUGUCAUCUAUUCGAACUAUAAUUAUGUUAAAAGGUGUCUGUGUAAAUGAUUUCAAUGGAGGUCGAACAUUAUCUGUUCUUGGUAGUACACAAUUAACAAUUGAUCCAGAUUUACCAUUAGCUCAUGAUCUUCGUCGAUGGUAUCUUGAAGAAGGAAUGAAUAUUGAAAUGACAGAUCUUACAGCUCAAUCAACUAAUCAAGAAACUAUUCCAUGGAAAACAUUAGCUCAAGUAACUGAAUAUGGAACAAAUGUCUCAUCAACUGGUAAUGGUGAACUCUGUCGAGUUAAAGGUGUAUGUGUACAUGUACGACAUGAUCCUGUUUAUAAAGCUUGUACUCGUAUUGAUUGUAAAAAGAAAUUACAAGAAAAUAAUGAUGGAACAUAUUAUUGUUCAAAAUGUGAUUUACAUUAUGAAGAUUAUAAAUUACUUUAUAUGGCAAGUAUUCUUUUAUCGGAUUCAACUGGUUAUCAAUGGGUUAAUUUUUUUGAAAAAGAAAGUGAAAUUUUAUUUGGUUUUCCAGCUGAACAAUUUCCAAUUGGAAAAACAAAAGAUGAUGAAGAUAAAGCUUAUCAAAAAUUAAUAAGUAUAUGUGGAGAAGAAAAAUUAUUUCUUAUUCGAGUUAAAUCAACUCGUUAUAAUAAUCAUGAUCGACUUCAAUUUACAUGUGUAGGCGUUGAAUCUGUUGAUGCUCAUCUUAUGUGUCGUUUAUAUCUCGAAGAUAUUGGUAGAAUGUGUCGUCUUUCAUCGAAUUAG